ACAAGCUAAGUCGUUUGGUUAGUCUGUACUUGAGUCUUCAAGAAGAUAGAUAGAUAUAUUUAGACAAAAAAAUUUAUAUCAUAUUAGGUUAUUAAGUGCUGAUUGUAUUCUUUUUUAAAAAUAUUCUUAUCCAGAUUAUUACGUGAUUUUAUAAUAAUGAAGCAAAUUAAAGUUGUGAGUGUUGCCUUAUUGGCUUGUUUAAUAACCAGUACUGCCGCAGAUUUUACAAAAUUUUUUGAAAAAUGUGCUUAUGAAAAAAAUACGUUUGAUUGCUUUAAACGUAAAGCAGUUGAUGUACUUGACAAAGCUCUCAAGGAUGACUCAGUAUAUGUGGUUAAUGAUUAUGUAUCAAUUGCUAAAGAUCCAGCAACUGUAAUUGAAGACAAUAAUAAUCAGACAUCCCUGAGCUUAGAUGCACAGUUAGAUAAAAAGUUUCAUAACUUUGUAUCGUCAAGAAGUAUUAAGCUCACUAUUCCUGGUGAUGCCAUACAAGGACGUAAAAAAAAAGACAAAGGAGGACUUGGUGCUGCUAUGAUGAUGGGUGGAAUAGCAAUGGCAGGUGUACUUGCACAAUUGGCUUUCGGAAAAAUUGCGUUUCUCGCUGGUACAGCUCUCUUAACAGCGAAAAUUGCAUUAGUUUUGAGCGCAAUUAUUGGAUUGAAAAAACUGGUAUCCAGCGGAGGAGGAAAUCAUGAAGUCAUUUAUGCGACUGCAUCCGAACCACAUGGAGGAUUCGGUGGUAGCAGCGCUUAUGGUGGUUGGCAAAGAUCUCUUGGUCAUGCUCCCUCGUUGUAAAAAUAAAUAUUUCAUGUAAAAAAUUUCACAUUAUCAAAACGAAGAAGCUCAAUGCUGUAUUUAUUUAUAAUACUUAUUUAUUCAUUUAUUUAUUUAUUUUCGAUGGAUUAAAGAUAAUUUGAACAAGCUCA